UUUUUCUCGGUCGCCAUCUAGUGCGGGUUACCUAUACAACUCGCCCUGGUCAUCAUCGCUUGAAAACAAUAACAUGAAGCUGCCAUCGGAGUUUUGUUGUGAUAAUUGUUUGAAAACAACUUUCAUCUAAACAUUGUUCAAGUGUGAAUCAUCUAUAACUUCAGUGCAACAUGAGAAGUUUAUCAUCAUUCUUCAUUCUGUGUUUCGUCUCAUUCAUCCAUGGAAUAUCGUGUCGUGAACGGAUUUGCUCGCAAAACCAAACUAUUUGUUUAUACGACUUUGGACCAGUACCAACUGAUGAACGAGCCACUUUUACAGUUGAAGUUACAAACCCCUCUAAAUCAAAUACUACUGUAUAUGAAUAUCGGUUCAAAUUUGACCAGUUUCCUCAACAUGAUAAAACCAUCUCAUUUCCUAGACAUAUAUGCGUAUACGAUGUAGUCUUUGCAUCAACCUGUGAACGCAAAGUUGGCAACUAUACUGUACAAGUUGAUGUAUGGGAGUAUCAACUCGAUGUACCUGCACACCCAGUAGGAACAGUUGUUGACACCUUCGAGCUCACAGAUAUAGCUUUACGUUGGCUCGAAGUUGAAAACGAUGGACCUGUUACCCUUGACUCACCAAUCACCUUCUCAGUUUUUAAUCGCCAUAAACUAGAUGAUCCAUCAUAUGAAUAUCGGUUCGCAUUUGACCAAUUUCCUCAACAUGAUAAAACUAUUGGCUCAACUUCACAUCGAGUUGAAUACACAGUAACAUUUGAAUCAUCUUCAACAUCGAAAGCUGGUAACUAUACAGUGAAAGUUGAUGUUUGGUUUAUUGGUGUUCGCUCUUGUUCUAUAGGAACUGUUCUUCAUACUUUCGAGCUUUCAGAUUCUAUUACUGGAAUGAUUAAUUUAAAUCGUAAUCAACAUAUUAGAUAUGAAGUUUUGAUGAACAAAUUUGUUUCAACUGAAACGCUUGUUAAACUGAUGGCUGAUAUUGCGGAUCCUACCGGAUUUUUCACCGGACGAUGUGGAAUCCAACCAGCUAAUAUAACUUACAAAUGGAUUAUUAAUGAUGAAGUUCAAGAGGAAAGUUCUAAGGUUAUUGAACGCACUUUUUCCCGGCCUCAACUGAACAACAUCUCAGUGAUUAUUACAGCAACUAAAACCAAUGGAAGUCGUCUUAUACAAAAAUCUGGUACAUUAAGCACUACAUUGAAAAGCCGAGAUCUAAUUACUGAAUUUACUGUUGAUGGUAUCACCGAGGUUAAAGUGUUUGAAAGACUUCAACUGGACUGCAAAAUUCAUGGCGGAACACCUCCAUUUCAUUAUCACUACAGUUUUUGGAUGAAAGAAGCUCUUUCCGAAGCUGAAAGAGUUGAAAAAGAUACAAAUGAGAGCUUCUUCUCAAUAGUUAAUUAUUUCAGUGAAAAAGGAACCAAAGACUUAUUCAUUAGAGUUGAAAAUGAUGUAUCCUCAUUGUUUAAGGACUUGACCAUUUCAGUUUAUUAAAGUACCUUCCAUAGUAAGAAAUGCAAAGUACAUAACUUAUACUCUUUGCUCUUUUUUUCUGUCAUUCAUUCUCAUUCACAAUUUUUCGCCAUAUCAGAACGUUAUAGUU